AAAAAAAAAGGGUAGGGCUGUGUUUGGUUGAACGGAGAGAAGAAAUGAAUCCGAUCCAAGGGUGUUUUGGUUUAACGAAAGGAAGGGCGAGAGACUUGUGAAGCGAGGCGGAGGGAGCAGCUGAGAUGACCCAGAGGAAGGACACGUGAGAAAUUCAUCCAAAAACCCUUAAACAAACACUGCCUCAGUCCUCGCUCGAACGAAACACUGCCAGAGGCGUCUAGAAUCGCGAUUCGGGUUAAAGGAAAACGAAAUUGCUUUUGAGUUGGAGCUGGUAAGAUCUCGCUGCGCCAAUCCAAUUUGCGUCGUACUCGCCAACGUUGGACGGCUGUUCCGACCGGCAAGAUCUCCUCGCUGUCCAGUUUUGAUUGCCAAGCCUCCGUGAUCUCCUCGGUAUUUCUUCUGUGUCUCACUGAUUGAAACCCUAACCGAGUUUUGCCCACGGGAUUCUUCAUUUUCUUUCGAUUUCUCGUUCAUAUCUUCGCACCCUUCCCUACUUUAUAUGCGCCUUUCCCACCGUAAUUAUUGGUCACCUCACUUUCAGAUUCCUUCACUCCGUUUUCUUGUGACCCUCUUUUAUUAUAUCUGAACUGUGGUCGAAAUCCGGCUUCUUUUUGUCUUCGUUUACUUCUAUGAGCUGCUCUGAUAUCAUCAUUUAUUUCCCUCAAUUUCCAUCUUCUGGUAUUCCAAGAUCUUUGAUUUGAAUCUUUGAGUUUGCUUCUUAAAUUCUAUUGUUACUGUGGCUCCUUCAAUGUCACAAGGUUACGCUAUCGAGCUCUACUUCGAUCCUGCGCUAGAAAACCAGGUGUUGAAGGCCUGGAAUGCGCUGGCUCGGCGACAAAUCAGCACCCAUCUCAUCGAAAUCGAGUCUCGCCCGCACAUCACUCUCUUUUCCAGCCCUUUUGCUGAUUCCGCCAAACUUGAAUCAGUUGUCAAGAGUUUCGCCGCCAAGCAGGAACCCUUGCCUCUAUCUUUCUCUACAAUCGGGUGCCUACCAAACGACAAUAAUGUACUCUUUCUUUCACCGACCCCUUCAAUCUGGCUGCUUCAGUUCCAAUCGCAGCUGUGCGAUGCAAUGAAGAAAGAAGGUUUCGAGAUAGGAGAGGAUUAUCGCCCAGAUUCUUGGAUUCCUUAUUGCGCGGUAGCUCAGGAAGUGCCGAAAAUUAGGAUGGCCGAGGCGGUUUGUGUCUUGCGGGACUUGAAAUUGCCUGUUUCUGGGUAUGCCAUGGAUAUUGGGCUGGUGGAGUUAUCUCCCACUCGCGAGCUCUUCUCAUUUGCGCUUGGUAAUUCAGUAGAAACAUGAGGUUGUAGAUUAUUCUAAUUUAGUCUUGUAUCCUACUUGUGUUAAUGGGUUACAUCUUGAAAUGGAAUUUGAAUGAAGUCAGUGUUGCAAUUAUUAAACAUUACAAGUGGAGAGUUGCAUUCUACAACUUUUAUUUUUUACUUUUUAGCUUAUUGUUUUCAUAAAGUUAUUACUAUGUCAUCUUUUCAUCUUGAUUGUGUUGGAAAUCUUAAUUCUUCCUAUAAUGUGUUGGUGUAA